AUGUCUACGUUUGAACCAGUUGUUGUCGUUGACGGUAAGGGCCAUUUGGUCGGUCGUUUAGCCUCCAUUGUUGCCAAGCAAUUGCUGGAAGGUCAAAAGAUUGUCGUUGUCAGAGCCGAGGCUUUGAACAUCUCUGGUGAGUUCUUCAGAAACAAGUUAAAGUACCAUGACUACUUGAGGAAGUCCACCGUUUUCAACAAGACCAGAGGUCCAUUCCAUUUCAGAGCCCCAUCCAGAAUCUUCUACAAGGCUGUCCGUGGUAUGAUCUCGCACAAGACUGCCCGUGGUAAAGCCGCUUUGGAAAGAUUAAAGGUUUUCGAAGGUAUCCCACCUCCAUACGACAAGAAGAAGAGAGUCGUUGUUCCAAACGCCUUGAGAAUCUUGAGAUUGAAGCCAGGUAGAAAGUACACCACUUUGAGCAAAUUGUCCUCCUCCGUCGGGUGGAAGUACGAGGAUGUUGUUGCCAAAUUGGAAGAGAAGAGAAAGGUCAGAUCUGCCGAGUACUACGCCAAGAAGAGAUCUUUCAACAAGAAGGUUCUUGCUGCCAACGGUGCCGCCGCCGAGUCCGACGUUGCCAAGCAAUUGGCUACCUUCGGUUACUAA